AUGGAUGUUAAAACUUUGCACAUACACUUUCCUGCAUUCAUUUUGAAUUCAUUCUAAAUUUGUUUUAAUUUCCAUGAAUUUUUGGCUGUAUCUGCUCAACUAAUUGUAUCAUCUAAAAUAUACACACUUCUUUAUGUUAUAAAACUUUAAUACAACUACCCAGAAAUUAAAUUACCUGCAGAUUUCCUGUUACCAAGAAGCGUAAUUUUUUUAAUAUAAUAAUUUCAUUUAGAAUAUGCUUUAUAAAGACGAUGUUACCAAGUUGGAACGUUGUCUAAGUUGA